AUGAAUUUUGAUGCUGAGGAUACCUGUUGUGUGGGCUGUCAGCACCUUAUAGAAGAAGGAAACGUUAUUGCUUUCGGUGAGGGCAUAUGGCAUGUCGAGUGUUUUCGAUGCGCAAAAUGUCUUAACCAGAUAGAGCAUGAUUCCAAUAUUUUACUCCUCUCUGACGGAAAUCCCAUAUGUCAAAACUGUUCAUACAACUGUAAUGUUUGCAAAAAACCUAUAUUGGAUGAGGCAAUUAUGACGGGUGAUGAAUCUUUUCAUGUUGAAUGCUUUCGUUGCCGUCAGUGUCGUUCCAAGAUCGAUGAUUUAGUAUUUGCGAAAACUAAUCAGGGAAUAUAUUGCAUGAAGUGUCAUAGCGAUAGGGUCAAUAAAGCAAAGCAAGUUAAAGAGACGAAAGAGAAGACAAACAUAAUCUUACCUCAAUCCCUUCUGGACAAAUCUUUACCGUCUUUACCAGCUGAAGCGUCUGUUGAUAAUAUACAAAAAUCUCAUUCUCUUGAAGAUACUGGAAAUCGUCGUCAUUCUCGGCUAUUUGAUAACCAGCUUGCUUCUAAGGUGUUGGAUCAAUUUACCGGAAAGCCUAAUGGUCAUCAAAAAUCGCGUGAGGAUUUACCAAAAAAACAUGGGGGUAUUUUUUCAAAGAAGAAUGAUUCAAUAGAUAAUUUAUCGAGAAUGUUACCAUCAAAAAAUCGUGGUGAAACAAAUGAAAAACAUUCUAGAAAUGCUUCUAAUGCUUCUAUCACAAGCUCGCGGAGUGAACCUUAUGAUGGUUCGGGUCAUACCUUUUCGCUUAAUAGUAAUCAUAGUGAUAAAAUGGAACUUUGGUCAAGAGGUAUGCAUCGAAAAGUUGGUUCCUCAUCUUCCAUAAAGAAAAGAACUCUUCAAAAUCAACAACAAUUGCCUUAUAUUGACGAACAACAAUCAAAUUCUCAGCCUAACGAAUAUCCUUCUUAUUCGUCUUACUAUCCGUCACGUUCGAAUUCUCCUUCAACCCCUUCUUCAAAUUCACCCACGAGUCCUGAUUUUCCUUCAUCUACUAAUAAUGACGUAACUCCCCGUAAAGGAGCUUAUGAUAGUGGCCCGCCCGUUUUACCUCCUUUACCUUUUUCUGAUAGAAUAUCUUCUUUUUCUGAUAAAAUUUCCUUUUCUGAUAAAAGUGAUGAUGGAAAUACUGAUGAUACAAAAUUUGAACGUAGUAUAUUAACUGGUGACUUUUCGGAUGAAAAAAGUUUUAAAUCACAAAAUGGUUCUGUAAAGACUGAAUCUAUUGGUGAUAAUUCUCCUGGUGAAUCCCCUAUGUCACCUGAGAGGAAAGAUAGUUUAUCAUCUUUAACCUCUGCAUCUAGUAAGGAAAAUGAAAUUAUUAUUAUUGAGCCUGAAGAUGCUCCAGCUGAAGAAUUGAAAAGGCAAUUGAUUGAAGCAAAAAAGAAAUUGAGAGUCAGUCAGAAAGCAUUCGAUGAAUUUAGAAUGGCUAAAGAAGAUUUUGAUAAUGAAGUUGCUUUACGGCGUAAGGCCGAAGAGGCAGUUGAGAGUUUGCGUGCUGAACUUGAGCUUCAACAUAAAACGUUAGAAGCUGCGCGAUUGGAUAGAGAACAUUUUGAAAAACUUCUCAAUGAUGCCAAAUUUUCAACGGGACAAUUACAAUCAUUGCAAAGUGAACUGAAAGAAUUAAAUCUACAAAAGGAGAUUAUCAUUAAUGAAUUAGAAGUAUUGGCUAAAGAAAAGCAAGCCGGUCUUGCUGAGAACACAUCAGUCGUAUCAAAUCAUAAUCUUACUGGUGGUUCUUUUGCAAAACAUUUAUCAACGCAGUUUGACUUGGUAAAACAAAAUUACCUUUCUGAUAUUAAAUCACUUCAAUCAGAAAAAGAUUCAUUAUUGCAAGAAACAGAAGAACUUCGAAGUAAACGAGAUCAACAUAUUGAGGAGGUGAAACAUUUAAAUGCAAAGAACAUGGAACUUGCUGAAAUGAACAAUGAACUAACACGACAGAUUGAAAUGCAUAGUAAAGGAAAAGUUGCAAAUAAAAUUUUCAAAAUUAAUAAAUCAUCUGGUGGUUAUGAUGCUGUUAAGCAAUCACCUUAUAAUGACCCUGAAUGUACUGACGCCACUCCAAUCGUCUCCGUACGGAAUGUUGACCAUCGUAAUAGUGUAGCACAACCAAGAAUGUUUAAAUGGAUAGCUAAAAAAGGAAAAAAAUUUCUAGCAAGCACAAAUAUUAGUUUGCCUGUGUAUAAUAAUGAUAAUAGAGAAGAUGCCAAACAGAAAAUGAUAGAUCAGAUGCUUCGUAAUCAAGACAAUGCAAAUUAUCAGGGGAUGCCUAUAGUAAAUGAAUAUGAAAAUAGUAUGUUUGGUCUUGAUCUUACGAAGCAGGCUGAAUUGGAUGGAGAUGAAGUACCGUAUAUAGUUUUGAAGUGUAUAUUAGCUGUUGAGCUUCGAGGAAUGGAUCUUGAAGGAAUUUACCGGAAAGCCGGUGCUGCUACACAAGUUCGAGAAAUUAUAACCUCCUUUGAUCAAGGAAAAGAUCUUGAUUUAGAAACCCCCCAUCAAUUCAAUGAUAUCAGUGCGGUAACUAGCGUACUUAAACAAUAUUUACGCGAAUUACCAGAUCCUUUAUUAACGUAUGAAUUAUAUCCGAGCUUUUUGGAGGCAAUUGCUCUGGAAGAUGGUGAAGAAAAACUUGAAAUAUUCCGACAACUUACACAAAAAAUGCCAAAAGUUCACUAUUCUACUACAAGGCAUCUCAUGUUACAUUUAGACAGAGUCAGACAACAAGGUGCUGAUAACCGUAUGACAGCUAAAAAUCUAGCUGUUGUAUUUGGGCCUACUUUACUUCGUGGUCCAAAUCCUAAUAGCGAACUUCUUGACAUGGCUUCCAAAAAUAGGAUAAUUGAAUAUAUAAUUGAGAAUGUCAAUACACUUUUUCCAGCUGCAAGUAAUCACGUUGAAAGAAGGAAAGAUGGAUUUAUAUGA